GGUACACAUACAUAGACACUUUUUCCAUGGAAAAAAGUCUAUAUAAAAUUUAUACAAAAGGUUUCUUAUUUUCAGCAGAGAUAUCAAAUUUGUCAAAACAAAAUAUCGGUAGACUUUUUCCCAUUCUUUUGUUUUUUUUGAUUAUAGCAAGACUCAAUCUAUCUUUAAUUUUUGCUAAUAUUGCUGAAUCAUUCAGAAUUUUUUCUGAGCAAAGUAACUUUUAAGAAUUACUUAUUAUUAUUAUAUUUUCUUUUCUUUUACAGGAGUAUAUACUGUUUUGUGACUGAAUUCAUCCAAACAAUUUGAAAUUUCCCCUGGAUAGUGGUUCUUUAGUUGUUGCUUUUUUGUGCAUCGGAUUUUGAAUAAUAAUUCAGUGGGUCUUGAAGUAUACAAGAGGAAUAUUGCCCGAGAGGGGACAAGUACGAUAAGAUCUGAUAGUAAGAAUAUAUUAAGAUUCUUGAAGUACUACGUUUUUAGUUUUGGUUACCUUUUACUACUUCAGCGUUUGAACGGAUAAAAAUACUCAAA